UCUCCGCUCGUACGCACGGCACAACCCACAGGAACGACACACUCUAUCAGUACCCACUCGCCGGCGGCGGUCAGCAAUAUGAGCAACGGCCACCGCCCACUGCCCAGUGCCCACCAUCAGACAGCUAUAUGUGCUUCUCCCCUGGUUCUCGCGCGACUUCGCUUCGCGAGGGAGGGAGCAGGAAGGGAGGAUUUGCCAUGGUCGACCAGCGGUGGCGGCGAUGGGCCAUCGGCCACCUGCGCGCGGACGUCCCCACCGUCGCCAUACUCGUCGAAGCGCACGAGUUCCCUGUCCCUCCAGCGACCGCGCGUCGUCGUCGACGGGAUCUGAGGGGCAGCGCGGCGGCCUCACGCGGGCCUCCUCUGCUGCCCCCAAUCCCCCGCGGCGACCAACUGGCGGGCCAUUCCCGGGAAAUCGCUUUCCGAUGGCAUCCCGCUGUGCCAACGGGGUACGCCUGGCCUCGCUGGUGGUGGCAGGUAGUGCCAGCACCUCACCGCACCAAGCCCAAUCUCCGGAUGCAUCUUCAGGUUCAGACGUGAACUGAAUCCGCCUUGAUUCCGCCGCACAUUCCAGACACGGCGACCCAGCACUGGCGAACACGGUAUGUUCAUAUUUUAUCCCCGAUGUCGCGAAAAAACUGUAAAGUCAGAUGACAUUGUCGCUUGCAAAUCAUUGAAGAUGAAUUACAUCAAGAACACGGUUCACUAAGUGCUGUUCCAUGACCCGAGUUGUUAGAUGCUUGAGCUAUAUUAAACAAACUUCACAGUUAAACAUAUGGAACUAAUACACAUUAUUGGUUUGAACUGUUCAAACAAUAUUAUGUGUUUGUGUGUAAGAAGCGGGUGAGGUUAAGAAUUCAAAACUGCGAGGCACAGUCCUCACUCCACAUGCACCCAACCGAAGGCAUGUUACCAGUGAAUAUUUGACUUCUUCAAUACAAUUUAUUAAUUGUGCCGCUGCCCUUUUGGCUGAUCCAAGCACCAAAUUAGGCCAACCGUCAGCGGCAUCCAAAAUAAGAAAAAUGUUUAGGGGUGUAGAAUGUGCUCAAGAUCUGUUUGUUAUUUGCUAUACUUGUAGUCUUUUAUUGUGUUGAGAGGGAGGACAUGGGCACGAGCAAGCCCGGUCCAGCAAAGGUUUGCAAAAUUGCAUAUCCAUAGGCCAUAGCACUAACAUAUGAUUCUCAAAAAGGAAAAUGGAAAAAACAGCUGUCCAUAUACAGCACAGGCAUAAUUUUGGCAAGAACUGAUUAAUUAUUGUGCUUAUGCUUAGAUUGACAAAGAACCUUUCCAAAUCCACUAGAACUGAUGCGGCAUUACAAGAUGGCACAUCGACUCGCAAUAUUUGAUCAGAAAGUUUUCUAUGUUAAGUAUUGCGUUGACAAUUCGGGCGUCACCGGCUUGUAGAUGGCAUCAUGGCAAGUUGGCAACAAUCAAAUAGCUGAUCUAGUACUCUAAUGAGUCUAGCUAGCACCACUUGCUUGAGAUUAUAUUUCUUAAGUGUAUGAUCACCCUGUCCUCCUUCCAAUUCCAUCACACUGAUAAUUGAGAUCUCGAUCUAGUGCAUUGCAAGUUCUUCGAAAUUUCCUUUUCUUUUUGAAUUAAAGUUCUUCGAAACUUAAUUCAAGUACCGGCCACGUUAGCUGGAUGUUGAACCACAAUAAUUUAUCUUGUGCUUUUGGAAGGAAAAAAGUAUCGUGUUGCCAGUUCAGGCUACAAAACAACUGCAGUCCAUGACCAACAUCUCUCUGGUGUAAGGGGACAUCUGUCAUGAGACCAACCAGCCAGCUCCUCCUGCUGCUCUUCUUGGCAUGCAUCUCGCUCCUUCCCAUCCAGGCCCCCGCUGCUGACAAGCUCCAGAAAGGCCAAAACCUCACCGACUCCAAUGGCGACACGCUCCUCUCGGCCGGUGGCUCCUUCACCCUGGGGUUCUUCUCUCCCGGCGUGUCCACUAAAAGGUACCUCGGCAUAUGGUUCUCGGUGUCCAAUGACACCGUGUACUGGGUGGCCAACCGCGACCAGCCUCUGGUCGACAAGUCCGGCAUGCUGGUGUUCAACGACGCGGCCACCCUUGUCCUGCUCGACGGUGCCCGCCGCACAGUCUGGUCUUCAGACUUCACUGGCGGCUCUUCUGCCUCGGUGGCUCAGCUUCUCGAUUCUGGCAACCUGGUCUUGCGCAACGGCAGCAGUGUCGCCUACCCGUGGCAGUCCUUCGACUACCCGUCAGACACCUUGUUGCCCGGCAUGAAGCUGGGCAAGAACUUCUGGACCGGAACAGAGUGGCAACUCACAUCGUGGCGAUCGGCCGACGACCCGUCUCCGGGGGAAUACCGCCGCACGCUAGAAACCAAGGGGUUACCGGAGCUCAUCCUGUGGCGUGGCAACGUCAAGACGCACCGCUCGGGGCCAUAUAACGGGCUUUACUUCAACGGCGUCCCAGAGGCAUCGACGUACAUGAACAUGUACCCGCUGCACGUGACGGGCCUGACGGCCAGGCCGACGGAGAUAACAUAUGGGUACACCGCCGAGCCUGGCGCACCGCUGACUCGCGUCGUUGUGAACCACACCGGCGUGGCGGAGCGACUGGUGUGGAACACCGACACAGGGGCGUGGAUCUCCUUUUUCAGCAGGGGGGCGAGGGACAUCACCUGCGAUGCCUAUGGCAAGUGCGGGGCGUUCGGCCUCUGCGACCCGGAGGCGGCAUUGUCGGGGUUCUGUGGCUGUGUGCCGGGGUUCAGGCCCAUAUCGACGUCGGCGUGGCAGAUGAAGCAAUAUGUGGGCGGGUGCCAGCGAGAUGCGGUUCUGGAAUGUCGUGCCGGGAAGACGACGGACCACUUCAAGGUGGUGCCUGGAGUGAAGCUUCCUGACACGCAGAAUGCGACGGUAGACAUUGAUGUCGCUUCGCUGGAGGAGUGCAAGGCAAGGUGCUAUGCCAACUGCUCGUGCUUGGCCUACGCCGCCGCUGAUAUCAGAGGCGGCGGCAAUCGUAGCGGCUGCGUCUUGUGGACGGAUGCCAUCGUUGAUCUUCGUCUCAUUGACAGCAAGCAGGAUCUCUAUCUGAGGUUAUCCAAAUCAGAAUUUGGUGGGCCAUCUGUAUCCCUGUUUCCUACUUGGAUUAUUAUAGGUGUAUCUGUAGCCUUGAUCAUCAUUCUGGUUCUCCUUGCUUUCUGGUUUUCCACCAGCAUAGGACAACUCAUAUUAUGGUUAUUAGAAGGACAUGCAGUUUGCCUUUGUAUUAUAAGAAAGGCCACAGCAAAUUUCUCUGGAGAAAAUGUCAUCGGCAAGGGCGGAUUUAGCGACGUCUACAUGGGGCGGCUAUUCGGUAGAGAGUUUGCUGUGAAGAAGCUGAGAAAGGAUCGUCUUACUGAUAAAGGCAAGGAAGAUUUCAAAAGGGAAGUGAAAAUGAUGUCAACGCUCGCGCAUGUCAAUCUUGCUAAGCUCCUCUACCAUUGUCGGGAAGGAAAUGAGUGGAUACUAGUCUAUGAGUACAUGGAGAACAAAAGUUUGGAUCGCUACAUUUUUGGGGAACAAAACAGGCCCCGCUCCUCAUUGAAUUGGGUGCAGAGACUGGAAAUAAUUUGUGGGGUCGCCGUUGGUGUUGAAUAUCUUCACGGCAUGAGAUUCGUUCACAGGGAUCUAAAACCUGGCAACAUACUUCUCAGCGACACGUGGAAGUCUAAGAUAGCAGACUUUACCACUGCGAAGCUGUUCAUCGAAGAGGAGACAGAUCCGACAGUAGUACUGACACCGGGGUAUGUGGCUCCAGAGUAUUCGUCCGAAAGGGCCCUGACGUACAAGUGUGAUGUAUAUAGCUUCGGAGUCGUCUUGCUGGAGAUAAUCAGAGGGAGAAGGAGAACAAGCAUGGCAACGUUCCUUCCUGAUUCCUGGGAAGCGUGGAGUCGUGAUCCCAGGGAACUACUCCUUGAUCCAGAAGUGGCUGAACCUGAAGGUGAGCUCUUGACAAGGCUAGCCAGAUGCGUUCAGAUUGGCCUUCUCUGCGUGCAGCAUUUGCCUGAGGAGAGGCCUGCAAUGUCUGAAGUUGUGGCAAUGCUAACCAGCACCAACUCACAGCUUGAUAUGCCAAUGGAACCCACAGCCAACGGGGGAGCAGGACCUAUUGCACAACUAAUUAUCGAUGACACCCCCUGACCAUCUCUUGCUCAGCAUCUCCUGCAGCAAUCACAGCGUAUGGUUUGUGAUUAUUUGGGACUGGAUCCUUUCAAUUUGAGUUCCGCAUCCUUCGUCACGGCUUCAUCGUGUUUAAGCCUAUCAGGACGAGGCAGUGUCAGUGCGAGAGAAACACGCCUAAAACUUACUAGCGGUCCUAGACUUGCGAUCCGAAAUUAGUGUUUUAUCUUUUGUACUUUUAACACUGGACAUCGCCUUUGUGUUCAAUUCCAGUGUUCAAACUAUGGCAGGAUUGUUUGAAUUUUCU